UUGGUACCAGCACCCCGCCCAGAGCGCUGCCGCCCAAACCCUCGCAGGCAGCUCGUCCACGCCCUCGCAGCUCCGGGUAGAGCCCGGGUCCUGCACGCCUGGGUGUUUGCGAGUCCGUCUGCCUGGCCGUCUGCUGGGGGCACCUCUCCCCGCUCGGCCUCCCUGCCCCCCGGAGCCCCACCUCGCAGCCGCGCUCCAGCCUCUGCAGCCUGGAGACUCAGCAUGCGUCCCGCAGGCUUGGGGAGCAUCUUGCUGCUGGUGUCCGCCCUUCUUCUGCCCGGGGGGCUGUCAGCUGUUCCGCAAAGCUUUUCGCCGACUCUGAGGAGCGGCCCGGGCGCCGCCGCGUGCAGGCUGUCCCGGGCCGAGUCGGAGCGCCGGUGCCGCGCGCCCGGGCAGCCCCCAGGGGGCGCUCUGUGCCACGGCCGCGGCCGCUGCGACUGCGGGGUGUGCAUCUGUCACGUGAGCGAGCCCGGCGUGUACUUCGGGCCCCUCUGCGAGUGCCAUGAGUGGGUGUGCGAGACCUACGACGGCAGCACCUGUGCAGGCCACGGUAAGUGUGACUGUGGCAGAUGCAAAUGUGAUGAAGGAUGGUUUGGUGACGCUUGCCAGUACCCAACCAACUGUGACCUGACCAAGAAAAAGAGUAACCAAAUGUGCAAGAAUUCUCAAGACAUCAUCUGCUCUAAUGCAGGUACAUGUCACUGUGGCAGGUGUAAAUGUGAUAAUUCAGAUGGAAAUGGACUUGUUUAUGGUAAAUUUUGUGAGUGUGAUGACAGAGAAUGCAUAGAUGAUGAAACAGAAGAAAUAUGUGGAGGCCACGGAAAGUGUUACUGUGGAAACUGUUACUGCCAGGCUGGUUGGCAUGGAGAUAAAUGCGAAUUCCAGUGUGACAUCACCCCCUGGGAGAGCAAGCGAAGAUGCACAUCUCCAGAUGGCAAAGUCUGCAGUAACAGAGGGAUUUGUGUGUGUGGUGAAUGUUCCUGCCACGAUGUGGACCCCACUGGAGACUGGGGGGAUAUUCAUGGGGACACCUGUGAGUGUGACGAGAGGGACUGCCGAGCUGUCUAUGACAGAUAUUCUGAUGACUUCUGUUCUGGUCACGGGCAGUGUAACUGUGGAAGAUGUGACUGCAAAGUAGGCUGGUUUGGGAAGAAGUGUGAACACCCACGUUCCUGCCCACUGUCAGCGGAGGAGAGCAUCAGAAAGUGCCAAGGAAGUGCCACUCUGCCCUGCUCGGGAAGGGGUAAGUGUGAAUGUGGCAAGUGCACUUGCUACCCGCCGGGAGACAGCAGGGUGUACGGCAAGGCCUGUGAAUGUGACGAUCGUCGCUGUGAAGAUUUGGACGGCGUGGUCUGUGGAGGCCACGGCACGUGCUCCUGCGGUCGCUGUGUUUGUGAGAAGGGAUGGUUCGGGACGCUCUGCCAGCAUCCGCGGAAGUGUAACCUGACGGAGGAACAGAGCAAUAGUCUGUGUGAAUCGGCAGAUGGCAUGUUGUGCUCGGGGAAGGGCUCCUGCCACUGUGGAAAGUGUCUUUGUUCUGCUGAAGAAUGGUACAUUUCGGGAGAAUUCUGCGACUGUGAUGACAGGGACUGCGACAAACACGAUGGACUCAUUUGCACAGGGAAUGGAAUCUGUAGCUGUGGAAACUGUGAAUGCUGGGACGGAUGGAACGGAAAUGCCUGUGAAAUCUGGCUCGGCACGGAAUACCCUUAACGAUUACAUGGCAGGGAACCGGGUUCUUCUUUCUUCUCGGCCCUCAGAACGUAUAAAUGCAGAGGAAACCAUGUAUAAUCACCACUACGACAGGUCAAACAGACUAUUGUAUGUUUUUCUCUUUCUGAAUGCCUGAAUGAAAUCUGGGUACCCAUUAAAAAUGAGCUAAGCAAGUUCUGAUGUAAAUAGCAUCAGAAAAAACUUUUCCUACCUUCAUUUACAUCAGUGGUUCUCAACAAGGGCAAACUUUACCACCCAGAAAAUGCUUGACAAUAAUGUUUACAGGUAAUUUUGAUGGUCACCCUGGGUGGCAUGGAGGGCAUGUUGGGGGUGGACAUCCAAUGGGUGGGCGCCAGGGAUGCUGUGAACAUCCUCCUGGGGCACAGGACAGCUCCCCGCAACAAAGAAUGACCUGACUUCACAUGUCAAGGGUGCCUGAGCUGAGAAACAUUGAAUUAGAUGGUUGUUAGAAAUGCACAACCCUGUACAAGAAAGACCAUAUUCGUGUCUAAGGAAAAAAUACAGCCUUACAUAAAUCCAUUGAUCAUAUUUUGCCAGGAUUCCAUAUCACUUAUCAUUUCCAUGGAGACAUAAGGUAUCCAGACACACAUAGGAUAUGGGGCAGAAACUACAUCAUCAGUGCUUUUGAAAAAAAAAAACAAAAAACCUGGUCAUUUUAGCCAUUAAGUCAUUUGUCUUAUCCCCCUUUAGACUCACACAAAAAAAGACUCUCUUAAGAUGAAGGAAGAUACUAUGAAAAAUGUACAAUUCAACAUUUUAAAUAAAUAGUGACAUAACUUGCUUA